AUGGCAACGUCCAAAAGCACAUACUCGCUGUCAUCGACCAUCAAACUCGCCAAUGGAAAGUUGAUGCCAAGACUUCAAUUGGGGGUUUAUUUGACGUCGGGAAGAGAGACGGAAGUUGCAGUCAAGAAUGCUUUAGAGGCUGGCUAUCGAGGACUCGACAGCGCUCAAAUGUACCACAACGAAAGAGAAGUCGGCCGAGCUAUUCUACGCUUUCUCGAAACCGAACAGGACAAACCCAACGGCUUGAAACGCGAAGACAUUUUCUUCACGUCGAAGUUGGCUUCCAAUGUGAGCUACGAUGCUACGCGGCAAUCUAUCAAGAAAUCCAUCCAAGCUUCUGGACUGGGUUAUAUUGAUCUUUUCCUGAUCCAUUCGCCUUAUGGUGGUAAGGCAAAGCGUCUCGAGUGCUGGCGUGCGCUGGAAGAUGCGUAUAAAGAGGAGGAGAUUCGUGCCGUAGGCGUGAGCAACUACGGCAUCAAACACUUACAAGAACUAUUGGCGACAAAUCCGAAAGUCUUUCCAGCCGUCAAUCAGAUUGAAAUCCAUCCCUUCAAUACGCGGACUGAGAUAGCACAGUUCUGCCAAGAGAAUGGUAUCGUGGUCGAGGCAUAUGCGCCGCUUGCUCGUGCCUACCGUUUCCGCCAUCCGACGAUUGUUUCCCUGGCAGAAAAAUAUGGGUGUACCCCGGCACAGUUGAUGGUGCGAUGGAGUUUGCAGCAUGGUUAUGUGCCCUUGCCCAAAAGCGUCAAGAAGGAUCGCAUUGUAGCGAAUGCGCAAGUCGAGGGAUUUGAGAUUGACUCAGCAGAUAUGGACACGAUGGAUGGAUUGGAUGAGUAUUUGGUCACAGACUGGGAUCCAGUAGAUGCGCCAUGA